UAGUUCGGUCUCCUUAGGCCAAUCGCGCUACUGUAGCAAUCUUCCCUGUCCAAGGUGACCCAGCAAGCCCAGGAAGCAUCAAUCCACUACAUAGUAAGCUUCCAGUAUGGCCCCAGGGAAGAUGUCGUCUCGUGUCUCCACUCUCAAGCCAACUGGCCUGCAGGGAUCCAUGGGACCCACAAGAGAUAGCCCCACUGAAAUAUUUCAACUUUACGUGGGGUGGGACCAAGAUUUCUUCAACCUUAACCUUGAGAACAUUGGCCUCUAGAAAGACGACCAUAAAGAACCUCCCUGCCUUGCCCGAAAGUCCCCAGCCAAUCCAACCGGUUACCUCUACUCCCAGUAGCGCCAACAGAGAGGUAGUCACCUACAACCCGACUCCAAGAUGGCGUCCCAAGAGCGCACAAUGCCCUUUAUCAAAAACCUCGCCGCGAGCGACAGGAAAACACGAACCUCAGCCCUCAACUCCCUCCGCACCUUCCUGUCGGCCCGACAGACCGCCUCGGCCCUGACCCCGCUCGACACCCUGAAGCUGUGGAAGGGCCUCUUCUACGCGCUCUGGAUGUGCGACCGCGCCGUCCCGCAGCAGGGGCUGUGCGCCGACCUGGCCGGGCUCGUGCACGUCCUCCCGCCGGCGGCCGUCGUCCCCUGGCUGCGCGGCUUCUGGGCCACCAUGGCGAGGGAGUGGUCGUCCAUCGACGUCCUGCGGCUCGACAAGUUCUUGUUGCUGGUCAGGAGGGUGCUUGGGGAGAGUCUGCUUUGGAUGAAGGUCAGGGAGGAGGAGGAGGGCGGGGAUGAGAAGAAGAAAGGGAAGAAGAAGGCCGGGAGGAAGGAGGGCGGUGGCGGCGGCGGCAGUAGGUGGAACGCCGAGAGGGUGGAGGGGAUCAUCGGUCUCCUCGCCGAGUGGCCGUUCGUGCUAGAGGACGACUCGCGCCUGGCGCAGGAGGAUGAGCCGGAAGAGGAAGAGGAAGAGGACGAGGAGAUGGGGACGGGGACGGACGGCAAGAAGAAGAAGGACUCGCUGUCGCCGCGGUACGUGCCCGUGGGGCUGAAGCUGCACGUGCUGGACAUAUGGGUCGACGAGGCGGAGCGGGUGGGCUUGUUCCCCGACGACGACGACAACGACGAGGCCCGGGACAUCGUCCGACGCAUCACGGAGCUCGUCGAGACGCUCCAGAGGUGUACCAUGAGCACCGCCGUCCGGAUACGGUCCAGGCAGUCGCUUGUCGACGAUCGGCUGCCGUCGAGUGGUCAGUCAGGCCAAGAGGACGAAGAUAGCGACUGACGAAGGGGCUAUUUCUUUACCCUACUCGUCGCUUCUCUUCCCCAUUCUUAUAUCGAUACCCGAUUUUGUUCCCCCCGGCGUUGGAGCCCGACCGACCGUUGUCACCCGCUCCGGACCGCCUGACGGCCUAUGCAACGCGCCGGGACGACUAGGGCCUUCGACCAACACACAGGGAGAGCUCUCGAAAGCUAGCCCUUUCCUUCACAUGGAGGUCCUCCACUGGAUGCAGUCAGCCCUGGACCGCCUAUAGUCUCUAGGGGGUUCUUAGUCCCCUCUUGUGUGGAAA